CUGUACCAGACGGCUGAUAAGAACAGCUGUCAAAAACUGUGGCCGGAAACCACCCGUGGUUGUUCUAUAUUUUUAAGGAUACAUGUUUAAUAAUAAUUUAUUAAUUAAAAAGUGCUUCUAAAUAAUAAAAUUGUCUUUAAGUGUGCAUAACAACAUGUCGGUUGCAAUUCCAGAUAUUACCAAGCUUCCAAAAUGUGUAAAAGAUAUUUCCAAAUCCGAUGAGUAUAUAAAAUAUUUGCCUUCAAUUGCAACGAAGGCGAAAACAAAGGACGAGGCAGAAUGCAUACUUCAGCACAUUGUUGCUGUAAUAGAGUAUGAAAUUUUGACGAGAUCCCAAACAGGUGCAUCGAGUAUAGCCAAUCAAGUUGUCUUGAAUACAGCUUAUCGUGCCUAUUUUCAAUUGAUGCAGCAACAUAAACUUUUUGAGACACAUUUGCAUGCUUUGCCUAAACCAAAAUUGUUGUAUAACGAGGAAUGCGGCUUUCAGUUAUUAUAUGCCGUAUUAUUAACUGAUCAGAGUGCGCGAACUUUCGAUGCUGAGCAGCUCAUUAUUGAAUGUACUAAGGCAUUAAGUGACGCUAUCAACGAAGACUGCGGUAGCAUCCUAUAUAUACUAAAAGUUUUGAAUUUAUUAUUGAGUAAAUUUACAAAAUUCAGCGCUAAUAUACCACUUCAGCAGAUCUAUUAUUGCUUACAAUGCAAUCAAUAUGGCAUGCGCGAGGAAUCGCUGAAUCUUUUUUCAAAUUGUUGCCGACUUGAAUACGCUUUUGAGAAUUUUCAAGUUAUUUUAGAGUUUUGGCCUUGGUCCAGCCGUUUUAAAUUCUAUUUAAUUAGUUGCAUAUUGAAAACGCACAAUUUGAUGGAAUACCUGAACAGUGCACAGCAUUCACCGAGUGAAUUUUUUGCUGGCGUACGUCUGAGCCUGAGUCAUAAAAGCAUUUUAGCCGCUAGUCAACAUUUAGUAAAAGCAUUAAGUGCACAAAACUCCGAUGAGCUACUACUGCUAAGCACUGAUAUACUCACACGUGGUACACUAAAAGAAAUCAAAAAUUUCCAUGCUCACUGGUAUGGACGUAUAGAGCAAAAGGAUAGAUUGUUCGAAUUUUUGCAGCAUCAACCGGAAAUAGUAAACUUCCUCGAAAACACUAUCGAUGGUUCCAUUGAGCAGGAUUACUUUCGUUCAACAUUAAUCUUUAGCAUGUUCUCACGUCAAAUAUUCGACGCAUCAAAGUUACACUUUUUUAAAAUCAGCACUGAACUGAUAACCAAUUGCUUCCAAUUUGAAUUGGAAACUCAAAUGCUGGUCUUUAAAUUCAUUGUAGACAAUUUAGCUAGCUUUGCCAUUGAAGACUGUCUGGAAUUCACAGCAGCUUUCAUAAAGGAGCACAAAUGCAUAGAAAACGCACAGUAUCGCAAUGAAAUUUUGGGUAAAAUACCAGCAAUAGUGAAUUAUGUGGCAAAAACAUUUAGCAAAUUGCAUGACGCCGGUGGCAUAACCACUCUAGAGACCAGCAUACAGAUAUUUUUCAAACAUAUCCAUCUCUUAAUUAAUGACGACAUUGGUAGCGAUAUUUAUCAACCGAAAAUAUUUUCAUUACGCCUCUUAGAUAUCUUGCUAAAAUCAUUAUACUCCGACAAUUUGGAGAAGAAUGCAAAAAAUUGCUGCUUAAAUCAAAAUAAGAAACUUGGUUACUUUUUGAUGGAGCAAAAAGUAUUAGAUUCUGCUAGCGUAGCAAGAGCACUCUUCAAACUACUUGAUGAUCCAUUGGGUUAUGAUGAUGCUUUAGAAUUGAUAAUGUGCUUAUUGCAACAAAUCAAAUUUGCCGAAGUAGAUGAGAGUGUACGCCUAUGCAAGGAGUUCAGUCGCCGUUGUGAUGUGGAUGAAUGUGUGCUAAGUACACUUUAUGCGAGAGUGACAGUGAAUUGUUGCAAGAGCACAGGUAAUGAUGAAACGCUCACAAUUUUGCUGCAAUACGCUAUCAAUACUUUGAAGGAAGAACUUGAAGAUUUUCAAAAAGAUCCAUUGCUUGUGUGUAAGACGCGAAAUCACUUAUUUGGCUUCAUCAAUAUCAUUGGCGAAGUUGUGCAAGGCAAAAACUGUCUAAAAGCGGAAACACAGUGUGAAAUAUUGGACUUAUUGGAGAAAGUACUGAAUUUAGUUUUGAAUUUACUGAAUGUAUGCAAAGCUGAUGCCAUGCAAGCUGCUAGUAAUGCAGCAAGCUUCCAAGACAUGGACGAAAGUUUGGAAAUAUUGGUGCAAAAAAGCGCCUACAAAGUUGAUGAUGGUGCUGAUCAUGGAGAAUUUCGAAAAUUCUUACUCAUGUCAUUCUGGCUGUCAUUGAAGGCUGCCUGCGAUUUGGCAACAGAAAUCGGUAUGCGCUAUCUAGCAUCAAUUGACCAGGACUCAACAGAUUGUCAGAUACUAAAACGUUGUUUGGAUAUAAAUGUAACCGUGCUAACACGUUGUAGGCACAAAGGCGCCAUUGAAGCAGCUGGCGUCAGUAUAGGCAAACUCACCAAAAGCAUUACUACGCAUUGUGCUCCAACUUCGGUGGCGUACCAUUUAUUGGAUAACUGCUUGGAACUCUUGUUCGACAAUACAAAGCAGGUGAGCGUCACACGUCGUGGCGCCGGUUACUCCAUCAUGAUGUUGCAUAUUGUGAAGAACGAACAGCAGCGCACAAGACCACUACUCAAGCGUGUAAUGGAUAGAACUAUAGCGUUACUUAAAAAUGAACGCGACAUAGACGCAACGAAUGCCGAAAAAUUCGAUCGUUUGGAGGCUUUACUGCUGCACUACCUAGGCGUUUUAGUACGCGAUACUGAGUUGCGUGAUGCUACAGCACAUUAUUACAAUGAAAUACUCUUAGUCACAUUGAAGCGCAUUGAGCACCCCGAAUGGACUGAAUUCAAUGCGGCACUGCAGCUUUUUGGCGCAUUAAUACCGAAAAUUGUUGGUCAAACGCUAGCUAAAGAUUUUGACGCAGCGGCCGGUAAUGAGCACAACGAUAUUACUUACGAUGAAAUCAUACGAAAAAUGCCAACAGCUUGCGAAUAUAUACUCAACUAUUUUGCCUGCAAACAGGACUUGAACAGCGAUACACGCACCACCGUUUUAUUCCUGGGCUUCCUAUCGAAAGUCAAGCAUUUACCCAAACAACUUGGCGCACAUGAAUGCAGUUUCUUGCAACGUAUACGCGAGUUAAUGUGGCAGCUGCUUGCGCACCGCUGUGAAAGCGUGCGUAAGUUGGCGGCGUUGUGCUUUGUGCGUGCGCAUGACUUUAGACUUGAACUGCCACAAGCAUUAAUAGGUAUUUGCAAUAUACUCGGUAAUGUUAAGAAUGAGAAUUUGUUUUUGGGUUUAGUCGCUACGCUUGCGGAAGGCAUAAUGCGUUUGCAACACGAAAGUAUGCACGUUAACGUUGAGGCUUACAACGUUUGCAUGCAACAGCUGCGUGCAGCUUUGGCUAACUUGCAGCUGACACAUAAAUAUGAACCAUACACAAUAAGCAAACUGCUGGAUAUUUUACAUAUGGUCGGCUUCGAUGCACAGGUGCGCAUUGUACAAGAAUUGCUACGUGCACCUGCUGCGGGCGAUACUGCAAUUGGAUUUGACGUCUGGCAACAGAGUGCCGACAAGUUUUUGUGCAAAUCAUAAAUCAAAAUAUACACAAUAUUAACAUAAUCAAACAGUUCAGUACUACUCAUGUGCUAAAUAGUUAAGAGGCUUUAAAUUUAGUUUGUUUUUAAUUUAUUGUACAAAUUUGACAGUAAUUAAGACUAAGUCGCAGAAAUGUAUUAGACAAAAUAUGUCAGUUUAAGGCAACACUUUAAUUGAGUAUAUUUUAUGUUACAUAAACACUCAUAUAAAAAAUCUUUAAUUGCCCAGAAACAGAAAAACAAAAUAGUUGACAAUGCUAAAAAUAAAAAAAAAAUUACCCAAUUAUAUAAAAAUGAUUAUACUCUAUACCCGCAACCAAGUGAACCCUUAAGUUAAGUCUAAACGCAGAAAUAACUAUAAAGUUGUCUACAGAUUUGCAAGAGCGCGAAUAAAUUCCAUUACUUUGUUCUUAUCAACAUAAUGCUAUGUAGCAACAUUAAAAUUAUUGUAACGCACAAUUUUCUAUAUUAAAAAAAUACGUGGUUUACUAUUUGGCUUAAGAAAUGGCAAUCUUUGUAAAAUAAAAAUAAUAAUUCCACUACUAAU